AUGGGGCGUUUGGCCCAAAAGCAACACACGGUGACAGGUCACCGUGCACUCAAGGAGUGGAGACAUGUCGUCGACAAAUUAAAUAACGUGCAGAACGCAGACGCAAAACGCAUGCAGGCAGCCAGUGGAAAUGCUGUUGGGACUCAACAAAUCAAAUCAACGAGUGAGCGUAUCAAUCAAUGCAAGUCACCAUACGCCGGGGAGCAUCAAUUAAAAGUGACUAAGGGGGUGGUUCAUUCAAACCAUCAAAUGGCGGCCAACCUCGAUAGAAGCGAAGAAGUCGAUUUUGCUGUCAAAGCAGAAAUCAUGAAUUGGUUCAAAGAUCAAAAAUCGCAGUCAGAUAAUGCCAUUCUGGUUGAAAUCAGCAUGCCUCCCGAAAUCAAUUUCAAAAUCGAAGUCGCUUGA